AGUUCUUGUUCCCCUCCGUGACAGAGGAAAGGGCAAAUGGGGAUCGGAGAUGCCACCUUCUCCGAAUGGGAUGAAUCACAAUGGAAGGGAUCUGUGGGCCGGCAGACGGUCUCACAGCUUGGGGGAAGUGAUGGUUCUCGCCUUUCGCGGGAGAGGCCUCGCCGCUUCAUCUCACGGGGAGGAGCAGAGCGCGGCCCGCAGGUGCCUUCCCAGGGACAAAGCGAUGCACCUUGCCUGCUGCAAGUAAUGAAACCCUCUGGAACACGCACUCCUCUUCUUGCCCGGUGCCUGCAAUCACAGAUGCCAGACGCAACCAGCUGCUCCAUCUCUGCCAAACCUGCGGCUUUCUGGCACCGCUUCUCCUCCAGGAUCUCAGGACUCUCCUGCUGGGGCCUUACAAAUCGCGAAGUAAACCAGACAUCGGAAACUAAACAUUUGCUUUCUUUUUAAUGAGACACUUGAAACUUCUGUCACCACACGGUGCAUAGGUGUAACUCUCCUGCCGUUCUCAGCUUCUUCCCUCUCCCACUGUUUGGUAAGCCCACCCACCUCCCCACUGUGCCGAAGGUCGUAUUUCGGUACGUUUUGGGAAGCACGGAAUCGUCCUUUCCAGAGGUUAACACGAAAGCCGUUUAACGCCCAGUUCUAUCACCAGUCACGUGAAAAAGGCACCAAGUGCCGCCUCCCGAGCACAAGAGCUGCAGGGCUGCCUUCAUCCCUCAGGAGUGAACCUCCCACAGCUGACCCCCGCGGGGCCGCCCCUCAGCGCCGGGCCCCGCAGACCGUGCCAGCCCGCCUGGGACACGCGGGGCGGUGCUGCGGGCCCGGCAGGACGGGGCGGGGCGGCACGGAGCCUCCUCCCGGCUGUUCUUCCCCGGCCGGACGGAGAGCGGCACUGUGUCCCCGCGGCGCUCUCUGCGCGGCCUCCCCCCUCUCCCCUGCCGCCAACGAGCAGCUCCCCCCGUUCCAGCGGCCGACAGAAGCGAGCGAGCCGAGCGGCGGGAGGUAAAGACUGGCGGAGUCCGGCACGAAGCGGUUUUUGUUGCCUAAUUCCUCACACGAUGGAAUGAAGUUUUUCUGGACGAGCGUGGAUAUAUAAACAUUAUCAAGAUGGUUAAGAACUGUGGUGAAGAACCAAGAGGAAUGAUGAGAGGAAGCACCCGCUUCUACCCAAUUCUACUGACAUCCAACUUAUAUAUUUGACAGUAUGGUUUCCUGACUGAAAAGUAUAUUACGUAUUUUUUCUGAACUCCAAAUCUGUAUUAGAUAUGCCAUCAGUGCUGGUUUUGGAAAGAUGAAAAGGGACCCACUGCUGGGCAAUGAAGCUGAAAAUGUCUGCUACUCCUAUUGUGUGCAUCCUGGUUAUGAGAGUUUUCUUGUGACUUCUGAGCUUGGUACUGUUGAUCUCAUGGGAACAAAAUAAAACAAAAAGCAACCUGAUUUUGAUAAACAAAAUGCCACGGAGAAGGAAAAUUGGUGGGAGUCCUUCUCGAAAGACUGGAGCUGCUGCUGUUGUAUCCCUGGGGGACCCAAGCCUCUCAGUGUCACAAGCAGCCUACACUGUCAAUAAGGAAGAGCUCUUCAACAGCAUGUCAGAAAUGUUUUCUGACUUAGAUCCUAGUGUGGUUUAUAUGGUUCUCUCUGAAUGUGAUUUUAAAGUAGAAAGUGCUAUGGAUUAUCUGUUAGAGCUGUCCACCCAUGCUGAAGGAGCAGCAUCUUCAAAAAUCUCAGAUUUUGAUUCAGUAGCAUCGUCACUAGCUCUUGUUAAUCAGCGGAGAUCUGUUGCAAAUGAAGGGAUAUGGGAAAGUACUGCAAAACACUGUAAUUCUGAAGAAGAAAAAGAAAUGGUCUUAUCGCCUGACAUGCAGCUGACUGAAGAACUGGAUUCCUUAAUAGAAAAUGCUUUUCAGAGAUGCAGCUUGAGUGACGAAUUGCCUAAUUCUGCAAAUGACCAAAUUGUAUGCGAACGUGAUGGCUCUAAGGAAUUUCCUGAGUGGGAAGAAUCAGAUUUGGGUCGCGAUGUUCUGCUUUUACCACAGCAAAUAGGGACAAAUAAUGAGGUUUUAGAAAACUGCUGUUCUCAACUACCAGUGAAUCAGCUGAGCAUCCAGACAAGCUCACCAGCUGCAUUGGACGCUUUUGCACAAGCACUGGGAGAUUCUGAUUUGUCAAAAGAACAUGUUCACCAUCAUAUAGUUUCAGAAGCCUAUAAACAAUCAAAUGGAGAAAUGCCAUGUGGAAAUUCUAAUCGGGCACAGCAUAAUGUUUCAGAUCAUAAAAGUACAACUGUGGCUUCCGGCAAGUCUACCCAAAGAACUCUAGAACUUGGAGUAGUUAUCACUGAAGAACCUAAAUCACAGUGCCUGCAACAGCACAGAGAGUUAAUGACUGCCUCUUACAGCCACAGCACUUCUCUUCCAGAGGCGUAUGUCUCCCUUGAAAAACCCAGUUUCAAAACGCCAAAACUUAAAGAUUUUCAGCAUCCUGAGCAGAGUUAUAGCUUAAAUUUGUCUACACCAUCAUGUCAGACUCAACAACAGUGGAACCUUAUGGCUCCUGUGUUUUAUCCAUCCAGUGGAAAUCACAGCUUUGUAACUCCAGUGGCUGUUGGUCCAGGGCAGUGGAAACCUAUUUCAGACUAUAGGACUUUGGAAAAAGGACUGGUUUUUUCUUCUCCAGCGGUUCCAAAUGCCUGGGAUAGCAGCCCUUCUCUGAAGGUAUGGGAAAAUCAAGAUAGAAACUCAAAAUUGAACCUCUCGCAAGCACAGCAGCCACCUGUUUGUCACAUGAUGAGAAAAAAGAUGCACCUUGUAGGUCAAGUACUUGUUCUUCUCAGAGGUGUUCCGGGAUCAGGAAAAUCAUAUUUGGCAAGGAUGAUGCUAGAGGAUAACCCAAGUGGAGUUAUUCUUAGUACUGAUGACUACUUUCAUAAAUGUGGACAAUACCGUUAUGAUGCUGAUUUCUUAGGGGAAGCACACGACUGGAACAGGAAACGAGCCAAAGAAGCAUUUGAGAUGAGAAUCUCUCCUAUAAUCAUAGACAACACAAACAUACAAGCAUGGGAGAUGAAGCCUUAUGUUACUUUGGCCCAGCAGUUCAAAUACAAAGUCAUGUUUCGAGAGCCAGACACAUGGUGGAAGUUUAAGCCAAAAGAACUUGAAAGGCGGAAUAUUCAUGGGGUAUCUAAAGAAAAGAUCAAGAGAAUGUUGGAGCAAUAUGAACGUUGCCUUACUGUUAACUCAAUCUUGGAUUCUUCUGUCCCUGAAAAAUCAGAAGUUGCUGCUUGGAGUGAAGAUCCUUGUCAGGAGGAGAGUCAUAGAGAAAGGGAGGCACAUUCUGAUAAAAAGGAAAACAAACCUUAUGCUUCUGAUUUGGAGCCUCUUAAUUUAACUGAAGAUGGUAAACCCCUUUCCAGUUCUUCUCUAACUUCACAAAGUAAUUGUGCUCCUGAAAGUUAUCAGAAAGAGGUAAAAGAAACGGAAAAUAACUCAGUGGAUCACAGUACUGAGAACAGCACUGUUCAAGAUGACUUAGAUGUUGAUUUGUCAAGCUGUGUAGAGAGAGAACUGCCCUUGGAUAAAAAGGAAGAAAAAGGAGAAAGAAUGGAAGAAAUUACCGAAACAGAAAUGGAUGAGAUUGAUGUGAUCACAAGUGAAGAAACUGUAUGCCUGCACAGAGGAGGAGCUGAGAAACAAAGUAAUAACGACAUUCUCAAAGUUCAGACUGAAAUUGAACAAAACAAUGAAAGAGGUACAGAGUCAGAUUCAACACAAAGGAGUAACUUAGUAGAACCAAGCAGCUCAACUAUGGAGGCAUCAGGAAAACCAGAGCUGCUGAACUUUCUGGGUGACUGGCCUGUACAACAAACAAUGGGACAGAGAGUCAAAAGAUCUAGAAGGCUAGAAAAAUCUUCCCUGAAGAGUGAUAGGGAAGGUAAAACUCCCAGUCAGCAUUCUGAAUUAGGUAAAGAGCAAGCUGGCCUACCUGAUACCUGUACUGUUGUGAAAGACCAGGAAGGAGAAAAUACAACCUCUAGCUGUUUCUCUGUUAGUUCAGAUAAAGUUGCACCAGACCUGCAAAUGGUGGGACAUUGGCCAGUAUCAUUAGAACAGCGACAACAAAGGUCAAGGAGAAUGAGAAAGACAAGUUUAAGUCAGUCUGAUGAAGGUAGAAAUACUGAAGGUGAUGUUAAGAGAAGUGCUCUUGACACUGUAGAUGUGCUUCAUGGGACACCUGUGGAUACUGUAGAGCAACAGGAUGCGAAAGAGUUGCAUUUUCACCAACCUGAAAUGGUAGGUAGUGAAACAGUCACUGAGAAAAAAACCCAGCAAAAUAAGAGAAUAAGGAAACAUCACAAAUUAGCUCUCACUUUUACAAACAACAAUUUUCCCCACUCCAAGGAAGAGGAACAGUUGUCUAUGCCUAAUUCUGCAGAAGAGAAACAAGAUGCAUGCUCAUGUAAACAGAUAAGUAGCCAUUCGCAAACCGAAUCUCAUGAUUUUGCUUGCCUGUGGAGAUUAGAAAAUAAAAUGCUUUUUCCGGAGACUGUCAAAGUAUUGCAUGGUAGACUAGAUGGCUUUAAACCCAAAGACAUGGAUAAUGCCUCAGGUUCUCAGGAAAAAAUACCUUAUCGAGUGAUGUAUGAUAAAAGUACAUUUGUGGAAGAAAGUGAACUUAUUGAUAUUGAUGAGACCGAAAAGCUAAAUAUGCUGUGUAAGCUCUUUGAUUCAUUUUCAACUGAAGCUGUGAAAGAUCUAUAUGAAAGAUGUAACAAAGACAUAAAUUGGGCCACUGGUCUACUCUUAGACUCUGAUGAAAAGUUAAACAAAGAUGUUGACACUGAAUGCUUUCAAGUAAAAGAAGCUGAGCCAGUUGUUUCAGACUUUGAUUUCAAGGAAAAUAUGAACUAUGAUGAGAAUCCUGAAAAUUACACACACACAGAGCAAAUCACUGGGGCUAGUGAUGUUUCUGAUCCUUUAGAAGACAAGAACUCAUCAGUCAGUGUUGUGGAAAGUAGAGCUACCAAGACAAUUGUGACAGAUGCUGAUGUGUCUGGCUCAUUUACUGAUGUCCUGUUGAAUGAUUCAGUGGAACUGAAAAAUUCCAGUGAUGCAGCUCCUCGAGACGAUGCAGGCAGCCCAGCAGCAGGUGUCACUGAGCAGUCUGUUUCUGGAAUGCAGAAGAUGGAGUCUGUGAAUCCAGUUGAAGAAGUGAUGAAUAAGCUACCCGUCUCACAAGUUCAUGUAGGUUUAUACGUACCAGUAACUUUAUCUCAUGCUCUUAAAACAACUACCAAUUCAAAAUUAAGUACUGAAAGUGACAGUAACUCUUCAGAAAACAAUGUGGAAAAUGCCAAAGGGAUGCCUUUGUUACUGGAAAUGGAUGAUGUACCUCUGAUAGAUUCUAGGAAUGAUAAAGAACUGGAGACUGAUAAAGAAAACCUGGGGAGUUCCAGGGAGAUCAGAGGUAAAGAGGAAAGUGGAACUUUGAGCAGGAAUGAAGAUAAGGCCAAGAUACAAAGCCCUUCACCAGUAUCGUCUACAGCCUUUGGUAUAGAUAGCCUAGAACUAACGUUACCUCCUGAACUGGCUCUCCAGUUGAAAGAAAUAUUUGGGCCUGUUGGCAUUGAUGGAGGAUCACUAACUGCUGAGGAUUGUGUGGUUCAUAUUGAUCUGAAUUUGGCAAAAGUGAUUCAUGAAAAAUGGAAAGAAUCUAUUCUGAAGCGUCAGAGGAGAGAUGAAUCAUGCAAGCUUUCUGCAGAAGGUUCUACUUUGAUUCAGCAGAUAGAUAUGAACGACUCAAAAAUGCUCAUAUCUCAAAAUGCAGACAGUAAAAUGCAGAAGAAAGGAAUGAACUGGGUUUCAAGCUCAUCUAACGAAAUGCAGGCUAAAAAAGCAGCAACAUCAGAAAUUUUUCCUUUUAUGGAUCACUGGAAUGCUCGAACUCAGAAGGUUUCUCUCAGACAAAUAAUAUCUGAAGAAAUAGCCAUGCAGGAGAAAGAGGACCUGAAACGUGUUCCUUCUAUGGUUAGAAAAGAUUGUGCUGCUAAACUGAAGGAGAAGCAACUUUUUGAGAUGUUUCCAACCAUUAAUCAAAAUUUCUUAAUGGAUAUCUUCAAGGACAAUAACUAUUCUUUAGAGCAGACCAAACAAUUUCUGAACUGUGUUCUGGAGGCAGAUCCUGUUAAAACAGUUAUAGCUCAAGAAACUGUUCAACAAAAUGAAAUUGUUUCUUCAUACAGUGCUGCAAAAAACCGGGAGAAGAAGGGAAGAAAAGCUAAGGAAGAAGAUGAUGUUUUGAGUGAAAUAUCUCAAGAAUAUGAAUAUCCAGAGUAUGAUGCCUUUAGAGCAGAAGCUUUUCAUCACCAACAAAAGAGGCAGGAGUGUUUGAAAAAGGCUGGGGAGGCCUAUCACAUGGGAAUGAAGCCUGUGGCAGCAUUUUAUGCACGUCAGGGUCGCCUUCAUGAGCAGAAGAUGAAAGAAGCCAACCAUGCUGCUGCUGCGCAAAUCUUUGAAACAGUAAAUACUUCCUUGCUGCCUCUGAAUGUGUUGGAUCUGCAUGGUCUCCAUGUGGAUGAAGCUGUGAAUCAAUUGUCCAGAGUGCUGCAGGAAAAAAGCAACGUGCCUGCUAUUACAGAAUACCAACAGUCUGGUGGUAAACCUUAUCUCUGUGUUAUCACGGGAAGAGGAAGCCAUAGUCAGGGAGGAGUUGCUCGCAUCAAACCAGCAGCUAUCAGAUACCUCACGAGCCACAACUUCAGGUAUGCAGAAAUAAAGCCGGGCUGCCUGAAAGUCAUGCUGAAUUGAAGGGUUAAUGAGAAGAGGAACGUAGAAAAUGAGAUGUUGGAUUACAGCUAAAAACUUUAUGAACAACUGCUGCGUUAAUAUUUUCUAAUCUGUUUUAAAGGAUGAUAUUUAUUAGAAGCUAUCUACAUUUGCAGCAAAUGAUCUUGUAUGUUUGCAAGAACAUUUUCAUGUGGAAUAAAUGUUUUUUUAAAUCUACCAAAAAAAAAAAUCCAGGAUUUGAAGACUUAGUAAUGCAGGUUAAGAAUUCUGAUGAGGAUUUUGUAAUGUUUUAAAGGGAAGUUGAGGUACAAUUUUUAGAUACAGCAGUCUUCUCAGCAUACUCAGUCUAUAACUCUCGCUUCACCUAUUUGAAUUUUAGUGAUUUCAGUGUUUUUGGAAUGUAGAACCUUGUACAGCUGUUUUGUGAUUCAGAACUUUGUGCUAAAUCUUUCAGAAGAGAAGAGGAAAGGUGGGAACUCAGCAACUAUUGCUAUUUUGAAUCCAGUUACCAUUGAAUGUUAAAAUAAUUCCAGCUUUCUUCAAGACUCAGAUGUGUUCUUUUUAGUGAUCGUUUUGUGACGAUUCAACCAGUUCUACUGUUCUUAUUCUAUUCCAAAUUACUCUUGAAACAAAUGGAAGGACUGUGCAUUAAGACCAGCUACAUGUUAGGUAAUUUUUUUACAGAUUUAAUGAUCUGUUAAGGGGGAAAAUAAAACAUCUGCUUACGCAUAGCUAAUGGGAAAUGCACUCAUUAAAAAAAAACAAAAAAAAACCCACAGAAACUAUUGAAUGAAAGGUAUUUUUACCUUUUAUGACUUUUUGAAUGGAAUGAAAUGAGUACCGUUUCAUUUUACAGGUGUCUAAUGGUGAUGUCUUCAUUCUGUGCAUAUUACAUUUGGUAACUUCCUUGUAGAAAAUCUGUUUAUCUUUGAGACAUUUAAAAUACAUUUUUAACAUCAAAUUGAAUGCAAAUAUUGCAGCAGUAAUUGCCUAACUUGAAGAAGAUAUAAAAGGCACUCUGUUCGUGGUGAUGGUGCAUCUGAAUAUACCUGUGUUUUAAAAACAAACAAAACUGAACCACAAAACCAAAGAGACUAAAAAGCCCAAUAAAUAGAAACACCUGUACUUCGGCAUGGAUAUUCAGUAAGCGAUCAAAACCAUUUCUCAUUGAAAUCCCUUCUACAAUGAGUUACUGCUUACACCUUGGCUUCUUGAAAGGCAUAGGAAUUCAUUAAACUGGUUGGUUUUUUUGUUUCCUUUUUCUUGUUUUCUAAUGCAAAGCUUUGUUUUUCGGAAUUGGUAUGAGUUGUGCAUUAGGAAUAGUAUUAAUAGGUUAAGGAUUAAUAGGAGAGUUUUUCAUUUUUAAACUAUUUUCUCAGUAAAUUUUAUCCAGGAACAAGCACUUGGAAUUUCUGUAUGAAUCCAUAUGUGUGUGCAAGUUCUGCCAUUUGUAUGCAUGGGUAGUAUAAGCAAGGAACUUCUGUGAGAAAAGCUGUGCACGGAAAUAGGUUUCAUUACAAAAUGUGUCGCUGACAAAUGGAAAGACAUGAAGUUUACUGAAUUUAUUACUGUAUUUACUGUAGUAGAUACACAGUGAAUGCAGUGUACAAUAGAUCAAAAAAUGAGUUUGUCAUACUUUAACAGUUACAGUAAUCUUCUUUUGGUGAUUUCAAAUGCAGGAAUAGCUUGAAUAAUAUGUAAUCAAAGAGACUCUUACUGGAAUAAUUGUUUUAAGUAAUACGUUUUAUAUUUUUUGUGGGUACUUUAUUAAUUCUUGUCCCUUUUUCUCCUUGUUGAGCUACACUGGUAAGCAGUGUUUGAAAUACAAAAUAUUUGGGUUCCCGAAGCAGCACUAGCAGGGUUGUUUAUGUUAGUGCACCUGUGGGGUGAAGCCCAUGGUCCAUCCUCUGUGACUGCCUAGAAUGGACUGAGGUGUCUUCCAGGCACUGGGACUGCAGACAUUUGAAAUGCCUAAAUGGAACGAGGAUCGUUCUUUGGGGCAAAUAAAGUUCCUUCCGUUUUUGAGCAGAUUUUCUUUAGUGCUGCUUGUUAUAUUAACUGGAGGUGUGGCUCUUUGGGGCACUUCUUUGCAGCAUAGUCCUUGCUGGUUGGCUUGGGUAGCAGAGUUACCUAGCAAAGGUCCCAGUUUAUGCUUGGAAGUAUCAGUGUUGAGCUGCUGGGUGCUGAAGUUUUAGGCGGGUGAGCUUGUACUCAGUGAGGCCUACACUUCUAGUUGUGUUGGGAGGAGGCCUGAUUCACUCAGCACAUUCACAGCAUUCUGACAUGGACAAAGACAGCUUAGAUUUCAGUUCAGAAGAUGAGCAGGAGUUGUUGCCUUGUCCAUUUGUUCAUCUUAGCCUAAUUGUUGAUGCACUUACCCUGGAAGUGUGAAGCACAGCUUUUCUCCUUCUGCGGACUUAGUGAGGAACAACUGCACCCGGCUCUCACUUCCCCAGAAAAUGCCCUACCUUGUGGGCUCAGGGUCCUCCUGAAGUGCCGCUUUUUGAGCUUCUCUUGAGCCUGCUGCUGUGAGAUAAAAAUAAAAUAAAAUUUAAAAAAAAAAUCAAGAUGAAGGGCUUGAAAGAGAUUAAAGCUUUAAAAAAAAAAAAAGUGCAGAAAUGGUCUAUGGAAGCUGCACCCACAGAGCUUCAAUGUCCCUCCCUCUCAUUAUUUUCUCUCUUUAUGUGUUUAACCAAAUGGGGCUAAAAAUGCACAGAGCCGAGGUUUUGGCCUGAACCCUACUAGGAGAGCUUUUCUCCCAUCUGUCAAUCAGUGGAGAAGUACAGAGCUGGAGCAGUUUGGAAUACUUCGUUUUCUCUCCCUCUGUCCCUUGUGCCUUUGGGUACAGGCCUGGGUUCACUAAGGUACUUUAGAUGCCAUACCUUCCUACAAGCUGGUCAUUUGCCUAAUUAUAAGUUGUUGUUUGCAAGCUGAAUUUAGAUUAAAGUUAUGGUUUAAAAUUGUAAUACAGGCAGAACCAGUCGUACUUUUAUUGAAAUUAUAGACAAAACCUCUGUCAGCUUCAGCAGCUUGACAUGAGGCACUGCAGUUCUGAUUCAGAGAAAAGAUGAUGAGCUCAGCUGUUUUCUUCUGUAGGAGUUUUAAGUGUGUCAUUAUGAGCUUUACUGAGUGGGAUACAGAAUGGAGCAGACGAUCAGUGCAGAGAGAGAAAGUAGGAUUCUAGUAUUUGAAAGCAUGAAGUUUCUUAAUACUUGCCAAACUAUCUAGAAAAACACACUAAAAUUCUUGUUUCUUCAAUUGUUUUUAUAAUAGGAUAAGUGUUUUAUAGUGGGAUGAAUGAUCUAAAAUAGGAUUGUUUGAAAACGAUAUUUGAAAGGAGGUUACAUUUUAGACUUCCAGCCUUUCUGAUGUCUUUUGCAGUUACAUCAGUGUGAGUCGUGAGGCAUAUCAUGUAAAUUGUGUAUUUUAUAAUUUUAAUCCAAGUAGCACUUAGCGGUAUGGCCACCAGCACUCUGAAAUAACGUGCGACUUUUCAAAUGCCUGUUUUGUGUGCCACUUUUUAAUCCAUUCAACGGCAUGUGGUUGCAAUGGCUGCUCACCUCUAAUGUGACUUUUGGUUUAGUCUUCUAUGAAACAUUUUAAUGUUUUUAAUUGUUUACUCCAAUUCUUAACAUAGGAAGAUUCUCAAAUUUUUCAUGCAAAAUUCAGUGCUAGUGCUGUAGUAAUGAUGAGUAAGCCCUACAGUAAAGAAAAGGAGGAAGGAAGGAAAGAAGAAAAAGUUCCUCAGUGCAGUGGAGAUGGUUAUUCUCCAAACUGGUGCAAGUGUUUGGAAAUAUAUUUCCAUUGGUCACGAAAGCAAUGGGGCAGAAGUGAUUUUUAAACAAUACCUUGAUAAUGCUUGGAUAAACUUGGGUUUUAUUUUUAAUAAUAUGUGGUAUAAUCUUGUUUAAACUUAGUGUUUUUUUAUAGGCCUGCUGAAGGACACCUCAGGCAAAAUGUAACAGGCAUUUUUUUGUGGCUAUUGGGAACCAUUGUGGCUUGGGAGUCUUCAUUUAUGCAGUGUGGAUGCCCUAGUUUAACCUGGUUGGUUGUAUGUAGAGUGUCAGGGAAGAUCUUUACGUGUUUAGAACAUGUAUUCUAAACAAGUACAUGAACAGGUGAAGAGUAACCAAACUGUUACUUAAUCUUGCCACAAAAUAUAUCUGUUAAGUAAGAGAACAAUUUUUAUUGUUGAUUGCAAUGGAAGAUCAUCAUAAGUGUACUGUGAUAAAUCAUAUGUGGACUUUACGUUGCUCAUGGUCAUGUCUUCAAAUGCAUUUCACAUUUACAGAGUAGUAUUGCCCUCUUCACAGAGCGAGGAAGAGGAUAGAGUACGAACACUGAAAAAGAAGUGUGUUACCACAAUGCCUGUAUAUCAAAACUAGUUUAUUAAAAAUAUUUUUAUUUUAAAAUUUAAAAAAAAUAGAACCAACCCCAGAGAAAGUGCAACUGAUAAUGCUAUUUGAAUGCUACUUCAACUAAACAAAGUGUGCUGAGUACUAAAUGACUCUACGUGAAUAUGCAUAUGAAAAGACUGACUAUUCUGGUAGCUACCAGGUGUAAAAGCUGUCAGGACCAGUACAUUGGAAGAUAUCAAUGUCUAUUUUUAAACUGAAAUUAAAAAAAUAUAUAUAUUUGUAUAAAGUUGUAAUUUUGCUGUUAACUAUAACUUUAAUUUUUUUUACUGAAACACGAUUUUGUAAUUGCAUUUAGAAUUUCUAAUGUGAAAAUGAAUUUACAAACUCUAGUUUAAUAAAGGAUUUUUGCCACAA